GUUUAUGAGUCUUUAAUAUUUCAAGCGUAAACCAAAAUUAACAGUUAGUUAACUUAGCCACGUUAUAAAAGGAAAUUCAGCCUAAGUACUGUAAAGUAGAAUUUCCGAUACUGUUUGUGAACGUGCCAUUGUGAUUAGUGUGUACAGUUUUAGUUAGCAGUACCGGAAAGGGGCGGAGGAAUAUAUAACAACAUUUAACGUGGAAAACUUUUGGUAGACGUGAAUGUUAUUAAAUAUUUGAGGAAUUCCAUCUUUUAUGUGCCUUUAAUUAAAACUUGUUAGUGCUGUUAUUGAUAAGUAUAUUCUCAUUUCUAGUAAAAGUGAAUCACUUACGAAACAUGAUUCCUAGUGUCGUUUGGAAUAGUGAGGUUUUGGGAUGAAAAUGAAGUCCGGCGUUAAAAUAUCUUUUGAAAAAAAUCCGCUGUAGUGUUUGACUUGAAUCUAUGUUUCAAAACAACUUUUUCUACUAUCGUGUGUUAUCCAUAAGAGGUUAUAUCUGUUAAAACUUCGUGUAUGUUCGUGCAAGACAAAGUUGGCGCCAGUUUGGUUAGGCCUAUUCACUCUUUGUCGGUUAUAAUACAUUACUGAGACACUAUUACACUUGUUUUAAAAAUGCUUAUCCUUGAGAUGUAGUGUGUUUAUAAUAAGAAAUAGUGUGCUUGUGAACACUUAUAUAGUUGAAUCCAAAUGUACAAUGGAUAUAAAAACUUUACAGAAAAGUAAUACAUUUAAUUCAUUUACAAGUGGAAGCCACAAAAUUGGAACCUGGUUUGCAACCUUUGGCGAUAGACGAAGGAAAAGCUCAAUGAAAGCAUCUAAGAGUCUUACUCUAGGAGUCGUGCAUGAAAAUCCAAAGAUAUGCUCUGAUGCUGAGUCUGAAGAAAUUGCAGAUGCAUUUGCUACUCAAGUUAAACUCCGUCCUAAAAAUAGACGAUUUAGUGAGCAGGAUCUGAACAAGCGGUUGUCCCUGCCUGCUGAUUUGCACCUGCCAGAGUCAUUUAUUGCCAAGCACAAUGUGAGCCUGGACACCCAAAUACCUCUGAGUCGGGCAACCCGGCGACAGUCCUUGUCUGAAAUUGGUUUUGGGCGCAUGGAAACUUAUACCAAAUUGGACAAGCUGGGCCAGGGUACGUACGCAACUGUGUUCAAAGGGAAAUCUCGCCUAACUGACAACCUUGUAGCACUGAAAGAGAUUCGAUUGGAGCAUGAAGAAGGAGCACCAUGUACUGCAAUCAGAGAAGUUUCAUUGUUGAAAGAACUGCGUCAUGCAAACAUUGUAACCUUGCAUGACAUCAUCCAUACCGAGAAGUCAUUAACAUUAGUAUUUGAGUACUUGGAAAGAGAUUUAAAGCAGUAUAUGGAUGACUGUGGAAAUAUUCUGAGCUUGAAUAAUGUCAAAUUGUUCCUGUUUCAAUUGUUACGUGGUCUGGCAUAUUGUCAUCAACGAAGAAUUCUGCACAGAGACCUGAAGCCUCAAAAUCUGUUAAUAAACGAUCGAGGUGAACUAAAGUUAGCAGAUUUUGGUUUGGCUAGAGCUAAAUCAGUUCCUACAAAGACCUACUCCAAUGAGGUAGUUACCCUUUGGUAUCGUCCACCAGAUGUGCUGCUGGGCUCAACUGAGUAUUCUACUCCAAUCGAUAUGUGGGGUGUGGGGUGUAUAUUUUAUGAGAUGGCUUGUGGACGCCCGCUGUUCCCUGGAUCCACAGUUGAAGAAGAACUGCGCCUGAUAUUCCGAGCCUUGGGCACACCAUCGGAAGAUUUAUGGGGUGGUGCUGCUUCCAUUUACAUGUUACCUUUUGUUAGUCCUGAGCCAUUGUUGACUAGGGCUCCUCGCCUAGAUGCAGAUGGCAUAGAUUUGCUCACUAAGUUCCUUUGUUAUGAUGCCAAAAAACGUAUAUCUGCAGCUGAUGCAAUGAAACAUCCUUAUUUCAAGUCUUUGGGAAAUGAGGUUCUUAAGCUGACAGAUGUGAUGUCAAUUUUCUCUGUUCCUUCAAUCCAGCUGAGCAAAGAUCCUGGAUAUCGCUCUGCAAACUUCCCAAAGUCUAGUGUAUUGGGACGAUCUCGACGCCAAAGCAUGUUGUUAUGAAUAGAAAGACUUAUUUUCAUUGAUGCACUUUGUCAGUGUCAGCAUCAAUAUUUUUGAGAGGUGUACUUCUUUACUGUGAUUCCCUGUUCUAAUUAGAAUAAAAACAGUCCAUAAAAAUAUUUUUAGUUUUAUAAGGACAGGGUGAUUUACAUAAUAAAGGCUGUAAAUUGCAAUCCACAAAUCAGUCUGGGCCUGUGUCCUAAACCCUUUAUUAAGUUGGAAAUGUUAAAUAUGAUUAUUGCGAGAUUUUGAAAUGAAAUACAGUGGGGACUCUUUAAUCUGGCAUCCUUUGUUCGAUUUAGCACAUUCUGUAAUCCCGCAGCGAUUGAGCUACUCACAUUCUGUGGGGUACAUUUAGUGAGGUGAUUCUCACAGUUGAAAUACCUUUAAAAAUGGAAGAUGUAUCAUAAAAAUGGUUUGAACAUAUUUUUAGUGUUUUAGUUUUGUAAACUUUUUUUUAAAAACUGAAUUUAAAAAUAAUUCAUUUAAAAACUGCUUAGAACGGCUUCAGUAACACUACUCGUGCUGCAGCCCGCCUAGAAAGCAGGUCUGUGUGCUAUGCAAUGGCAAAAUUCUUUAUUCUACACUCGUCUCCCUCUUUCCUGUGCUGUUAAGAGAUUACCUGGCUGUCUGCAGUCUUACGUAUUCUGUCUAUUCCCAUACAUAAGGCUACUCGAGUUGCAUUUAAUCACAUGAGGAAUGCUCAAAAUGCUUUGCUACACACACAAUGUUGGUCUGGCACAGCUCGGUUUAUGCAUAUUUUGUACACCUGAGGAUGUCUUUAUUUGCUCUGUUGUGGUGUGAUUUCAUUUCUAAGAUGUUGUAUCUACUGAAACAAGUGUUUAACUCCAUAAAGUAUUCAUCUUUAUUGUAAUAAUUCACAGAAACUUUGCGAGCUGACUGUUAAAACUUAUUCUUUACUUGGUGAUUGAAAUUAAGGGUUUUUGUAACAACAAUAUUAAAUUAUUCCAGUGUUUGGUAAAAUUUUGUUCAGAAUAAAUGACGCCAACUAAAUUAUUUUAUGUUUUAAUAGUGAAACAUUAUAUUUUCUUGCAGUGAGGUACUGAAAAUUGAAUAUUCUCUAGCUGCUUGCUAAUAGUUAGGUGUGAUUCCUUGUUUAUGAUUUUUCUUUGUCGCACUUAAAGGCAGUGUGUGCCACUUCUAUGGUAUUGUUUUGUUCAGAAGACAGUUGCUAUUUUCUUAAAUAAAUUUAUAACUUAACUAAAUAAUUUAUAAUCUGUUGGACGUGUCCUUCUGUAGUAUCUUUUAUCAUGGCUGAUGAAAUAUAUUACAAUCUUUACAAUCAAAUCACUUCUUCCAAUAAGCUACUGAAAAUGGACUUGGCAAUGGCCACUCGCUAAAAGUUAGGCAUGACUCUGUAUUUAUGGUUGUUUUUUUUCUAGGAAAGCCAUGGUAUUUUCCUUUAAAAAGUAUUGAUUUAUUCAGUAAAACUGUAUUUAAGUAGAUAUGUGUUUACAUAACGCAGCUUCCAAAUUUUUUGUAAGAACCACUUUACAAAAAUAAUUUAACAAUGUGAGUUUAAAUGCUUUGCUAUCCUUCCAUUUCCUGGGGAGGCUUGGCUUUGACAUCUGUCAAAGAGAAAUAAAAUUCCAAAAAUUAAAAUUGGAAAAAAAUAUAUGUAAAUGCUUUCAAUACUUUAACCAUAACAAACUUUUCUGGUUUGCUGCAUUUUGGGUAAGAGUAACAAACUAAACCAUAUAGAGUUAAUAGACCAAUCAAGAUUAAUUCAUAAAAAAGACUAAAGCACAAUUUAAGAAAAACCCUAAAGGCUUUUUUUUCCAAAUUAACUGCAUUAGUUGUUCUAUAAUACUAAACAAACAUUGUACAGAAUAGCUGUGCAGUUCCUUAAACCUUCAUGCAUAGACUCAAUAAAUACACUAUUUAUGUUUAUAAGUUAAAGGUGCACAGCUCCAGAAAACUUUGUCAAACACAAAAUAUAUUAAGCUCGCUAGGAGCAGGAUGCUGGCUAAUACUACUACAUUAUACAUGGUACAUUGCAUUCUAAAACUAAAACUGUGCGCACUCUCAUUUUCUAUAUGUGUGUGUGUCGUCUGUGUGUGUGUGUCAUCUGUGUGUGUGUGUGUGUGUGUGUGUAUAUAUAUAUAUAUCAGUGAUAGGAACUAUAUAUAUAUAUACACACACAGGAAAGCUUCACUAUAAAGAACAUGAAGGGACCAAAAAAUAGUUGAGUUUGUUAUACUGAAGUUCUUUAUACUGAAACAUAAGCAUUGUUAUAAAUAUGUAUACCGAUAAACACAUGAAACACCUUAAGUGUACUAAGGUUCAGUAUCUCGGUCAUUAGUCUAUGGCCGCUUGAAGAACCUGUUCACAUACUCUCUGCUGAUGCUUUGUCUAUGGUCAGGAGACACAUUGUAGGUAGCGCUGCUAACCUCAAAUCACACCCAUCAGUAAUGACAAUUAUAUGAAAAAAGUAUGCGUAAAUAAUGCUCGAUAAAUUUUUCCUGAGGAAUUAUGACACACACGAUAAAGCAAGGACAAUAAUAUGCAAAAAAAAAUUUAAAAUGUAGGCCUAUGUAUAUGAAUAAAAUGAAAAUUAAUGAAUCGAAGAAAAAAAACUAUUUGAACAAUACAAUCAUCUGAAUAUGUAAGAAAUGUCAAUAAUUUUACAGGAUAUUUUCAACCUUCAAUUCAAAGUAUUCAAGGUUAUACUUUUGAACAAUUGUCUUUAUUUGCUUCUUUUAUCCUGGUUGGAUAAAAACUGUCUUAUAAACAAACAACAGAAGACAAACAAAAUAACUUGUAAACAUUAACACCGUGUUCGUUACUUUCGUUUCUUCAGAUGUAGCGAAAAAACUACAAUAUGGAUUUAUUGCUCGUCAUGACUAUAAAAUGUUCCGCAUGUUUCUUUAAUUCAACGUGCCCUCUACAGUCAUCCCUUUCACCAUGUGCAAUUGAAAAGUCACACGUGCAUACAUUACAAAACGCGUGGUGUUCCAAAACAUUUGAAGACAAGCAUGGCCAUUCUUUUGAACAGUUAGGUCUUAGGUCGAAAGUUUUGAAGAAUUGCGUUCUUUUUUUUCUAUCCCAGAUACACAUUUGUUCUGUCAAACGCUUCAUUUCUAUAACCGGCACUGAAGAUUACAACACUAUUGAAAAAAGGAAAAAAAAUUCACGUCUGUAGACACGACAAAAACACUAUGGUAAAAAAAAUGACUUUCAAGAAAUAAAUUAAAACAACACAGGUUAGCCAAAGUACCGUACAAAAAUUAUCGUGAUGUAAGUAGCCAAGAAACGAAAAGUCCGAGAAUAUGUACUAGUUGUAUCGUACAACGGACGUAAUACCAUUCCAUUAUUAUUUCAAAACACGAGAAUUAAUCUACUCAUUUUGACAGUGCAUGCGCACACAUUUUGUUCCGUUUUUGUUUACGUACACGCUGUUACGUUUGAAUAAAAAAUUAAAAAUUAAGUACAAGUAUUUGGAUGGUAAUUUUUUUAAAAUUUGCCUCAAGGUUGUUCGUUCAAGUGAAUAUUUUUAUUUCAGGAAGAAACGGACCGUCGUAAAAUUCGUUAAGAUGAAAUAAAAUUCAAGGUUAUUAUAUACGUUUUUGGCGGGACCAAACAAUGAGUUCGGUUAAGUGAAGUGUUCGUUUAACUGAAGUUCGUUGUACUGGUGCUUUCCUCUCUCUCUCUCUCUGUGUGUGUGUGUGUGUGUGUAUGUGUGUGUGUGUGUGUAUCAGUGAUAGGAACUGAGCACAAAUUAUAUCUCUGCACUCAUUACAACUGUUAAUAAACACACAAGUCCCCUCAACCUUCAACUUAAUAGGCCGUUACUAAAUUGCUGGAAUACAGUUUAAAAUUGUACUCGGACUUUUUAACAAGAAUGUCACAAUAGUGGCCAUGCCACCUUUCGACUGGCUGUACACAAUUUUAAAUUGCUGAAUGCCCUACCUGCAGCAAUAUUUCAGUAGCUAAUGCUUAGUUCAAAUAAAACCUCAUAGUUCAGAAUUAGAUCAGUUCAGCAGGCAAUGCAAUUUACUUUUUUAAAACACUUGUAAAUGUGGUCCACAUCUACCAGAAAAUUGAUGAAAGCUGAUAAUGUUGACUACUAUUAAAUUGAAAUAGACUCACUAUUUGCUGCCUAAGAUCUCACUUUUUCAUCCUUUUGUUUCACAAUGUAAGGCACUUUUUAACCACCGUCGACCUCACAGGUCAAAUUUAGAAACUGAGUAGUCCGCAAAACCAUGAACAUCAGCGUGACUGCUACCACACAUGCAGCGCACUUCCGAACUCCAUCCAGCCUGGCACGUGAAUCACCUCGUCACUGUUACGUGCACUAACCGUCUGCUUCGCUUCGAUUAUGGCACCAUACUCGAUGAGGUUUUAAAACACAAUUUAUUAAGUCUUUUAGCUUGCACGGAUAUCAUAUUCACCUCCCUAAAGCAUAGCUUUAGCAAAAAUAAUUUACACUUCAUAAAAUCGACCACCUUAUUAAAUUCAAACGAAAUAAUUACAAAUUAUUUACAACCAAUAUAAUACAAAAUUUCUUACAGUCAGCUCAUUUGAACUCUUCAGGGAAAAGAAAUCACAUUUUAAGCACUUUGACACUACAGACAUUCCAAAGAGCACCAGCUAACCAGGUAUUGUGUAUACCGGCAAAUUAUACCCAUUAAGAUCUCUUAACAUGAAAAAAUAAAUGAAACCAACUGCCGUGAAGCAAAAAAAUAAAAGACCAUCUGGUAGCAGCUAUAAAACAUAUGUUUCGCAUGCAUUUAAAUGCCAGUUAAAAUUAUAUUGACAUUCAAAAGCCAGAAAAAUCACUAAUUUGGACGGAUGUGGUUUUGAACAUGCUGUAUUAAAGAGCUUUUGCUGUACUAUGUUUCUUGUAAGCAACAGGGUAAACUACUGUGCCCGGCAGAUAACUUGGCGUCUGAGCUCCCUAGUCCUGUCUAUGGUAAAAGGGAGGGCGAAGAGAAAGCGAUACCCUAUUGUCAAGGUCAGCGGCCAGGUUUGUACUAGCAGCACAGAAAACAUUCGGCGUGUGACUUCCUACACUACGUAAGUCUGUAUCCACGCCCGUGGGGGCUCCUAGGCGGUAAGGCCUUUUGGCUAAGAGCGCUGGGUUACCAAACCAAAAGUGAGAAAUCCUAUGAAUUGUACUUGUACUACAUAAGUGUAACAUUGUGUAAAUUGCAGUGGUUGUGCUCGAAUAUUUGUACUCAUCUGUCAGGAAAAGUAACAAACUAUUAUCAAAACCUGCAACGUUUUACUAUGUCCCAUCAAAUAUACUCACGGUGUCUGCUAAUUAUUAUGCUAACCAAAAUUAAUUGAAAUGUUGUUAACUCAGUAACGAGCGAAAACCAGACACGAUUUAUUUUGGAAAACUAGGUCACUUAGUAUGUAAAAUAAAUUUAAAACUAUGCUUCUCAAUUCAUUGUGUUCUCAAAGUUAUUUUUAUUAAAAGCCUUACAAGAAAAAGCAAACGACCAAAACAUUACGCAAUUGUAGCUCUCCGCGCAAAAGCUAUCUCACAGUUGACGCAGGAGCCAGCCCUUAUUGUUCUCCGGUUUCCGUACCUAAAACUUGCCAUUUAGCGCUGGAUUUACAUUUAACUAAACAUGGAGCUUGUUAUGUUAUAUUUGCUGCUUUAACUUUGUCAGUCGUUUAGGAAACACCUGACUACCAACGUAAAUGGCAUUUAAAAAAUGCUUGUGUAUGUGUGGCUUUAUAUUUUAAUGCACCUUUAAUCGAUUAUUUAUUAUAAAUGUAAAUACAAUUUGCAUUCUACUUCCACUUUAGAAUGCAUAUUAUAACCUUCAAAACCUCAUAUAUAUUAUAUGAUUUGUUAAAUGUAAGUGUGAAGUUCUCUUUCUAUGAUGAUUGAUUGUAUUAGGUGAUGAAAAACAAAAUUAAGUUAAAAUUAAUUACUGUUAUUACUAUUCGAUUGUCAGCAUUCAUAGUGUACAAACAAUGCAGAACAUAUAACUUACAAUGUUAAACUUUCCAUUUAAGCCACUUUUGCGCUUUUUUGGAGUAAUAGCAACUUAUACCAUAGAAUAAACAGUUUUUAUUAUUUCCCACUCUCCGCUAUGUAUCACUUUACCGUGCCUCUGCGAGCUGCCACCUUCGCCUUCCAUUUUUGGGUAUACACUGAAGGGCGAUAUUUUCCUAACAGCCACUACACGGCUCUCGGCUACGUUUCGCCUGCUUACCCCCUCUUCUUACUCCGGUCCCGCUGUCCCCGCACCCUGCGCUGAGAGACGCCAAGAUAACUGCCGGCCACAGUAUAGUUCUUUCUUUGCAGAUUUCCUUAUUUCACUGGCUAAUGUUUUGUGUGUAACAUUAAAAUUUGUUUAUUAUUUUGAAAUGUUGUAGGCCUUGUUACAUUUAUAACUCAUUGUUUCUUGUGUUGUUUAUUUUGAUCUAGUUUAUCACGACACAGUUUUAAAUGUUUUUAAGUAUUGUACGUAGAAAAAAAAUAUAAAUAUUAGUUGCAUUGCAUUAGAAAUAUUAGAAUGAAAAUAAAUUAUUUUUAUAUGUUUUAAUAGCUCUGCAUUAAUUAAGUUUGGCAUGAAUAUGGGGUAAUCUUGCAUUGUUAUAAAGUUAGGACAUAAAGUGAUCUUUGUAAUUGUUUCUUCUUUUGAUGAUUUGAUCCCUCUCUGCCAUAUUACUUAGUGCCUAUUUUAUCAUGUGUGUAAUAUAAUAACUGUUUAUUUACUGCCCUGAUGUGCAGAAUUUUGAUCUUUUCAAUAGUGAUAGAUUGUUUUUAAAUCUAUAUCUCCCUCUGUAUUUGAAACAAGUCAGGGGAAAACUGAAAAAGUCAGGUGUGUUUUUUAUAGGUCAGGAAAUUUUUUGAGAAAGCUUGAUUCUGUAAUGAUUACUUUAAUGGCAGCCAGUCGUUAUAAAAGUAUGAGUUAGCUGUAUCAUUUUCAAAAUUGUGUCUGCAAAUUACCAUAUUUACCCAAUAAUAAUCACGCAAGAAUUUUUUUAAAAUGUGUGUUGAAAAAGCAAGGUGCACGGCUUAUUCAAAACUUGACAAUGUUGCAAGGCAAUGCUGCAUAGCACAAGUUCCUUCAAGCUCCAAGGUUGGUUAACCUUCUGUUUCUUAAUGGACAACAAACAUCUUGCAUGUAAUUUUAAAGUGCAUAUUUUUUUUGAAAAAUGAUUACCGUAGGUUUGCAGUUGCAAUCAUCUACAGUGGCUGAAAAACCCUUAAAUUAUUAAAAUUGAUGAGGGAAAUGUAAAUAUUGCUAAGGGAAGAAAGUCGUAUAUGUGAGUGGAGGGAAAAAAAUAAGAUAGUGUAAUGGUGCUUAACUGCAGUAAACAAAACAUCUUCCAUCGGUACACCACUCAUUUUUCAUUCAUGACCAUUUUUUCCUUACUUCAAUGUAAACAUUAUAUCAUUGACGGUUAAUCCAUAAAUAAAAUAUUUACUGCCUAUCAUCUGCAAAGAUGUCUAUUUACAAUUCACAUUAAUAAUUUGAAUGGAAGUAUUGAAACUUCAUAGUAUUCUUGUGGCAAGAAUAAAGUGCUAAAAAAAUAACUUGUAGGGGUCUACAACGGUAACCACAAUGCUAUAUAAUUCUGCAGAAAACCUUUAAGGGAUUUUAUAAUUUGGCAUGAUUAUGCAAGCCCGGAAAAAAUUAAUAUAAAGUUGAAAUAUGAUUUUAAGAUCUGUUUUUAAGUUUGGUGCGAGGCUUAUUCCAACCAAAUUUUUUUGGUUAUGGUCUAAAUAUCAUGGUUGUGAGGCUUAUUCAAUAGCACUGCUUAGGUAAUUUUAAAGAUAGCCACUUUUCUGUAAAAAAAAAAUUAAUUUAAAAUUCUUAACAGCAUUUUUUUACUUCCUGACAUGUUUUACAAUGAUUCGCUAAAAUGGUGGUGUGAUAUAAGUGGUUUGGUUAGGUUAUAUAUUACAAAUACUGUGAUGUUGUGAAAAUGAUCAGUUAUGUUUGGCUAGCUACAUUAAAAAUCAUGGAAUUUUGUUUAUACAGUUGGUUAGGAAUUACCUGUACCUGGAUAAUAAACAACUAAAGAUACAUAUUAUAACAUUCAUAUUGUCCUACAUUGAAUAAAACUAAGUUCAAUUUUUAUUUACACAUCUGUCUGUUGAAUACUCGCAGUUAAAAAGAAUGCUUAUUAGUUUUUAAAAGUGAAGUAGUGUAACGGUGCAAAAUUACGAUCAGGGAAAAUUAUUAUCAAGUCAGGGAAUUUCAUUUUGGAUUUUGUGUGGCCACCCUGCCAAUGUUUUUUAGGUAAUGAAAAUGGAUCAGAGCAAACAAAAUUUAUAACAGUAAAAAUUGAAUCAGUUUUGCUCUGCAGGUGCAGUCAAAUGUCCCAUUUUUUGACUGCCUCAUUGCAUAUACAGCACUAGCAAAGAGUGUGACUUCUAAGGAUGUAAAUGUGUGGAGAACAUUGUCAAUUAGGUUUACAUCCUAAUCUGUGUUCAUUUUUAAGUUUUCAAGUGGGAAAAUAGUUUAGCAUUGAGAAUUUUCAUUUUGAAACAAAAAUUACAUAUGAAAUUUUUGUUAAAACUUUUUUUUUUGUUACAUAUCAAAAUUAUGAAGUUCAGUACUAAGCAAAAAGUUUUGUAAUCAUUUGCGUUUGUGUAAGUACAUAAAUAUCUUGCAUAUUUAGCAUUCAAUUUGCCUCUCAAAUCUAUUGGUCAUUUGGUUGCAACUCUGUCUGUAAUUUUAUGUAUUUUUUCACAGAUUGAAGAAUCUUUUUUCUAUGAAUGUUACAUGGUUUGCUGUCAAAACUGCAUCUAUGUUGCAUGUGUAUGAUGAAGAUGUAAACAGUAAAAAUUAACCGUGAAUUAGGUACAACUAUUGAAUCAUAGUACAAAACAGUGACAUGUUAGAUGUGGUGUAUUGCAGGCAGUAACUGAAAAAAAACUGCGUGAUUCUUGUUGAAAGUAAGGAUUGUAAAUAGUUGGUCAGUGGUUAUUUUUAAUUUUGUUUGAUCCUUUGCAAGAGUUUAAUCUGCUAUCUUUAUGUUAUCAGACAACUGCAGUACAUACAAUGUUUCUGUGCUGUUGUUCCAUUUGCCAUGAUUCAAAGUGUGCAUCCACAUGUUUAUAAGUUUGAAUCAAUACAUUUUAUUUUCAGUAAAUCAUACAUAGUUUGUUACAAACAUUCCUAAGAUAAUAUUUGAUAAUAUUUGAACAUAUGGAAAUUUGGCAAACUAAAUAUGAACUUUAUAAGCCAGCUGUGAUUUAUGAGAGAACAUACCUGCAAAUUUACUCUUGUUCCACUGUAUUUUUGCUAUGAAAAUGGCUGAAUUAAGCUUACCUUUUUCUUGUGAAGUGUUGGUGUUUUUAGUGUUUUCAUUAAAUUUCUUUAGAGGGAGUGUGCAUGUAUGUUCUCGUUACAUGUGCAGGCAUUUUGCUUGUGGUAUUAGGUUUGAAGUGAAUGUUUGUACUGCUGAAUCGUCACAUCAUGUGUGAAAUUUAUGUUAGUUUUACAUUGUAUUUCAUUUGACAAACUGAAUCAAAUUAAUGCGCUGAUUGGAAUUGGUCCAACGUCUUUGUUAUUUUUGGUGAUUGAGAUCACAUAAUUCAUUGAGAGUUUUUUUUAUGUUGAAUUGAUUUCCUCAGCAAUAAUUACAUAAUGUGUGUAUAUUUAGUUUGCUGUUCACUUGGCAAGCACAAGUAUUAUUUCUGUUAAAAAGAAAUUUAAAAAAAAUCUAAUUGGUUUGUCUUGAUGCUGCAAAAUUAUCAAGACUUGUAUACAAAGAUAAUAGUAUUCUGCAUUUGAAUAGUAUUCAACACCCUGCUUGUCUUUUUGCUUUUAUUUCAGUAUCAUAAUGUUCCGUGCACUGCAAACUUUGAAUAGGUCUCAUUGGUAAAUGCAAGAUCUCCACAUACGUGUUCAAGAAGAAAGGCAUUGGAAAGAAGUGCAGUUAUGAGGCACUAUACCAUAGGUUUUAUACUGAAUAAUGUAUACUGUUGUCAGUGCCAUUGAAAUUUUAUAAAAUAAAAAGUCUGUUAACAUUGAACUAUAA